CUGAAGAAGGCACAAGUUCAUUCACUUGAAUCCAGACUCAAAACCGUCCUGGAACAAAAAGUUUACCAGUAUACUCAAAAGUAAGGGAAGAGGCAAAGCAUGUUUACAAGCUGCCUGUCAGUUCACUUUCUAUUUCCGUGAAGUUGCGUCAUGUUCUGAAAGUUAACAUUUUCGUGCGCGCCCCUAAAAAUCAGAGCCGUUUCCAAUGUAACCUGAUAUUUGACCGUACUGUUUGUAAUAAAGUGGCGUUAAGGAAACUUAAGCGGAGUUACUGCAGACUUGAGGAAAUUCAAACGCACACACCUUCUGCCUGCGUGUGUGAGGUGCCACAUCGAAACGGAACAUAAGUGACGGAAAAUGAGCAUCAUGCUGCUGAUCCUGCUGCAGCUGGUGCUUGUUUCGUGCGCGCCUCCGCGAUGUCACCCCGGAUUUCCAGGACUGUGCAAACCAACAGUGGAAGAAAAACCCAAAUGCACAGAUGUCUUGCUGUCUUACUGCGACGACAUGCCUUACACUCAGACCAUGUUCCCCAACAUCCUUGGACACAAGACCCGUGAAGAUGCCGAGGCGGGCACCGAGUACCUCCUCCUAAGUGUGGCUGAAUCCCUGCUCGGUGGAGCGUGCAGCCCUGAAAUCCGCAUGCUGGGCUGCUCUGUGUUGGCCCCACGCUGCGAGAAGGAGAAGGUGCUGAAGCCCUGUCGCACCGCCUGUGAGGCGGUGCAGAAGAAGUGCAGCCAUGCUUUUGAGGCGAUAGAGAUGGCUUGGCCCUACUUCUUGGACUGUGACCGCUUUUUCGUCGGCGAGCAAGAGGGUUGUUUUGACCCCCUGGAGGGCCUCAGUGCAGCGCAGGAUGUAGACGCCUUCUCCAGCAUGGAAGCUCUUCCUGCGGAGGACCCCGUUUCCACGAUACAGUUCCCCUACCACUCCAACGCUCAGAUGAUCAGUACCUUGAAGAAAACUGAGGAACAAUGCUCCGACAUAGCCAGAACCUACAGCAUCGGCCGCAGCAUGGAGGGCAAGGAGCUGCUGGUGAUCGAGUUCUCAAACAACCCCGGGCAACAUGAACUGCUCGAGCCAGAGGUGAAGUAUGUUGGCAACAUGCAUGGAAAUGAAGUGGUGGGCCGCCAGCUGCUGAUCUACUUGGCUCAGUACCUGUGCUCAGAGUAUCAGCUGGGGAACGAGCGCAUCCAGACCCUCAUCAACACCACCCGCAUCCACAUCCUGCCCUCAAUGAACCCCGAUGGAUACGAGGUGGCAGUCUCUGGAGUACAGGACAAUAGUUACGGUGAUGAUGAGGAGUCUCAGGGUCACAGAUACGACACUUGGAAUGUCGGUCGAAACAACGCCCAGAACAUCGACCUGAACAGGAACUUCCCUGAUUUGACUUCUGUCGUCUACAACCGACGCAGACAGAAAGGCUACCGCACCGACCACAUCCCAAUCCCAGACUCUUACUGGUUUGGUAAGGUUGCACCAGAGACCUAUGCUGUGAUGAAGUGGAUCCGCUCCAUUCCAUUUGUGCUCUCUGCUAAUUUCCAUGGCGGCGACCUGGUGGUGGCCUACCCAUAUGACCUGUCCAAACACCCGCUGGGACACAACAUGUUGUCCCUGACACCGGAUCAUCAGGUUUUCAAGUUUCUUGCCAGAACAUAUGCAGACACCCAUGAAACAAUGUCCAAUGAAAACGCCCGGUGCGGAUCGUCUCAUACUCACAGUGAGAAAGGAACCAUUAAUGGAGCGCAGUGGUCCAGCUUUGCAGGCAGUAUGCAAGACUUCAGCUAUCUUCACACCAACUGUUUUGAGGUGACAGUGGAGCUGGGUUGUGAAAAAUUCCCCCCUCAGGAGGAAUUGUUGAACAGCUGGUAUGAAAACCACGAAGCUUUGAUCACUUUCAUGGAGGCAGCUCAUCGAGGUAUCAAAGGCAUCGUCAAAGAUGAGGAGGGGAAUGGAAUCAAAGGUGCACGGAUAUCAGUCAGAGGAAUACGCCAUGAUAUUACCACAGCUGAAAAUGGAGACUACUGGCGCCUCCUCACCCCUGGCACCCACAUUGUGACCGCCUCAGCCCUGGGCUACACCAGAGCUGUGAAGAAAGUCUUCCUGCCUCCUCGCAUGCACACGGCAGGCCGAGUGGACUUUGUGCUGCAGAAAGCUGCCGUGGAGCCGGACAUGCAGGAGGAGAGUGACGCCAUCCUCUCUCUGGGCUCCUAUGACCACUUUGACCCUUAUAACCAGUACGGGCACUACAUCCUGACGGCCGAUGUCAGCCAGAACCGUGAGGAAAGAGCAGAGAAGCCCUGGUGGUGGAGCUACUUUGUCCAGCCGGGUGGACCCGCCCCCACCUGGCUGCUAAAACACCAUUAGAGCUUUAGUGAGAAAGGUGGAAGAGUAGUUUCUCUCUAGACAGUAUACACACAAGUCAGGCUUUUUGUUGUUGCACAGCAGAAAAGUGUAAAGCUAGCUAGCUGACCUUCCACAUUAGCUUAUGUGCUUUUGCUCAGUGGGUCAUGACAUCCUACUGCUAGCACCUUUCAUCCACAGUUACAGUCAGAUGGCGUUUAACUGUGGGCUUUAAGUAUGGUAGCUUAUGUCCUGACAGUCACGCAGCUUCAAUAUCCAACCAUGAUGAAUAUCAAGGAUGUUAAAGGCUAAUGUAUUUCACAACAAUCUUAGAGCAUCAAUAAAGGACUUUUAAAUUGC